GUUCAACAUUUCCUGUCAGUUCUCCACUGCAGCAUGCUUUUAACUUUCUCUGUUCUUGGUUGGGAACUCUGCCAAAAGGAAAUGUCAGGAGUCUGUCCAACAAUUUUUCUCUUUCAGAAUCCACAUCCCAUUUUGCAAUUUGGGAUCUUUUUCUGUAAUGCCUAUUAAGACUCUUACAAUAGUCUUACAAUCAGGGAAGAAAUCUAUGCCUCAAUGUGUUGUAAAAGAACCAGGAGGAUGCUGUAGAUGUAGGAAUUCUGAAGAGCUUUAGCAGAGGGACCCCACUCUGGGUGCAGUUUACUGUCCAUAGCUGUGAGUGGAGGACUUAGCACUACAGACUUAUAAAUGUGGAAAAGGCUUUUCCAACCAGUACUGUACAAGCUGUAUUCUAUUAAAAACAAUCCAUGGAGUUUACAAGUGCCUCAGUUUAUAGAUUGAUCAAAUUCUGUAUUCAUCAGUUUUGAUAAUGCAGAUUAUAAGCACAUGUAGGAGCAUCUGCUUCUAUUUUGUUGAUUUGGAGAUUAUCCCUUAAUCAUGCAAGGUCCAGGUGUGCAUUUUCAGAUUUGUUGACUCAGGGAAGGUGCAGAUAGUAUUAAAGACCAGUCACAUUAUGCUGUAGUUACAUUUAUAUUGUUGCUCCUGUGAAGAAUUGAACCACUCAGUGAAGAGAAUGGCAAGAAGAAAUGUCCUCAUUACAGGUUGCUCCUCAGGAAUUGGGCUGGCAAUAGCUGUAAAAAUGGCAAAAGAUGAACAGAAAAGAUUUAAAGUGUUCGCCACAAUGCGGAACCUGGCCAAGAAGGAGCCACUGGAGGCAGCUGCAGGUCACAGGCUGGGCAAAACCCUCGAGAUUAAGCAACUGGAUGUCUGUGAUGAACAGUCUAUUAAAACCUGUGUGAACAGCAUCCCUGACAGAAGGAUUGAUGUCCUGGUGAGCAAUGCUGGAAUGGGGCUCAUUGGGCCUAUUGAAUGUCAGAGCAUUGAGGAAAUGAAAACUGUGAUGGACACCAACUUCUUUGGCCUGGUUCGGCUCCUGAAGGAGAUCCUGCCUGACAUGAAGAGGAGAAAGAGUGGGCAUAUAGUAAUCAUAAGCAGUGUUAUGGGAAUACAAGGUAUCUUAUUUAAUGAUGUUUAUGCUGCAUCUAAGUUUGCUGUGGAAGGAUUCUGUGAAAGUUUAGCUAUACAAGCACUCAAGUUCAAACUUCAGUUAAGUUUGAUUGAACCAGGCCCAGUGGUUACAGAAUUUGAAAGAAAAGUUUUUGAAGAUGGAAUGAAAAUGGAUCUUUCAGCUGCAGAUGAAGAAACAGCUGAGAUGUUUACUAAUAUUUACCUUAAAAAUUACAAACAAAUUUUCCAGAGCCUGGGACAAAGUGCUGAAGAUGUUGCAGAGCACACAGUAAAGAUAAUUCUUGCAGAAAAUCCACCUUUUCGCCAUCAGACCAACACCUUGUAUACUCCAAUGACAACUUUGAAGUAUGCAGAUCCAAAUGGAGAUCUACCCAUUGACAUAUUCUACAAAAUGGUUUUUCAGCAUGACAAAAUCUUCAGUGCAAGUCUCAACUUCAUCAAAUUGCUAAGGUGGAGAAGCAGAAAGAGCUUUGACCUGGGAAAACCUUCACAAUAAGAAUGAGAUUAUAUAGUGCAAAUUGGAAUUACUUGUUGUAGCUCCUGAUGACACAGUGUUAUUCAAAUGCCUUUGCUCUGUAAUUAUGAAAGGGCAUGCAAGAUAUUUGUUUGAGCUUAGCUAAGAUAUUAAUUUCAAUGUGUAUCUCUUGAAUGUUACUGUUUGCAGAACCUUGCAAUUAAAGUCCCCUAACUGUAGUUUUAUUGUGUUUAGUGUUUGCUUUUUCCAGAGAUGUUUUCUUAGGAACAGGAACACUGACUGGUAUUUGUGUAUUCAAUAUUAACCUGACCUCCUUCACUUACUUGUAUAUAAUACACACUGAGAGCUGUACAGUAUGCAAAUGAUUUAGAUUCUUAAUAUCAUAAAAAUGUUUUUACUUAUUAGGAUAAGUGAAGCAAAGUGAAAAUUUUCCAGGAUAGAAAUCCAUUUUAAUUUAGGUGAAAUGUACAUUUUUGAGUUGAGUCUGUGGUUAG